AGGAACGGGAGGCAGCAGCAGCAGAUCAGUCGCCAGCGGAGCCCAGGACGGCGGAUGAACGGAGCAAAGCGUGCGUCGUUUUCCCACAGCGGCUUUCCUCCAAGCAGCGCCCUGCAGCCCGAAACCUGUCCGAGAAUGAUGCUCAAAGCGGCCCUCCUCCUCGGGGUGCUCGUCGGCAUCAGCCAAGCGGCCCUGCAGGUGUCCAUCUCCUUGAACAAAGUGGAGAUAAGUGUCGGAGAGUCCAAGUUCUUCAUCUGCACAGCUAUCGGUGAGCCCGUGAGGCUGGAGUGGUUUAGCCCCCUGGGCGAGCGCAUCACAGGCUCCAAACGGAUGAUGAUCCAGACAGAGGGGUCCCGCUCCCGACUCAUCAUCUACAACGCCAUCAUCGAGGACGCGGGGAUCUACCGCUGCCAGGCCACCGACGCCAGCGGUCACACAGAGGAGGCGUCGGUGGUGCUGGAGAUCUACCAGAAGCUGAUGUUCCGGGACAUUCAGUCGCCGCAGGAGUUUCGGCACGGGGAGACGGCGGAGGUGGUGUGCGACGUCAUCAGUUCGCCGGUGCCGGUGGUUGUUUGGUACUACCAGGACAAAGAGAUCACAGAGGAGCGCCACAGCCGGUUCCAGGUGCUGCCGAACAACAACCUGCAGAUCCGCCAGGUGACCAAGGCGGACGAGGGCGUCUACCGCUGCGAGGCCAGCGUGGAGGCGCGCGGCGAGAUCAACUUUGUGGACAUAGCCGUGGUCGUCAACGUUCCUCCCGUGUUGUCGGUGUUCCAGCAGUCCUUCAACGCCACAGCCGACUACCAGGAAUCAGUCACGUUUACGUGCAUCACUUCUGGGUCUCCCGAUCCUCUGGUAACAUGGCACAGGAAGGGGCAGCAGCUGGAGCCCUCAGACAAGUACAUUUUCAGCAGGCUGGAAGGAGGACGCAGCAUGUUAACCAUCCGCAACAUCCGCCAGGCCGACGGAGGAGCUUUCUCCUGCAAGGCCACCAACAAGGCGGGCUCUCAGGAAAGAGAGCUCUUCCUCAAAGUGUUUGUGCAGCCCCACAUCACCCAGCUGAAGAACGUGACAGCCGUGGAGGGCAGCGCCGCCAUGAUCUCCUGCGUGGCCGAGGGCGAGCCUCUGCCUGACAUCUCCUGGAGGAGAGCCAGCGACGGCCAGACCUUCGUGGACGGAGACAAGAGUCAAGACGGGCGGUUCGAGGUCCGCGGCCGACACGGCAAAUCCGUCCUGACCAUCAGCGGGGUGAUGCUGAGCGAUCUCGGCCGGUUCGACUGCGAGGCGCAAAGCAGGAUAGGAGGCCAUCAGAAGAGCAUGUUUCUGGACAUUGAGUAUAUCCCCAAAUUCCUGACUAACCACACUAUUUAUUACUCGUGGGAGGGGAAUCCGGUCAAUAUAAGCUGCAACGUGAUGUCCAACCCACCCGCCACCAUGCUGUGGAGGAGAGAGCGCUUCACCAUCUCAGAGGGAACCCCACACAUGCAGAUCUACGGCCAAGAGGGCAAGUCUGUGCUGGAGGUGACGCCGAUGUCCGACAGAGACUUUGGCCGGUACAACUGCACGGCCCGCAACAACAUUGGAGUGCGAUACCAGGAGUUCAUCCUGGCCCAGGCAGACGUCCCAUCGAAUCCAUACUCUGUGCGUCUGUCGGCUGUGUCCCAGCGCCUGGCCACCGUCACCUUCAUGAAGCCGGACUCCCACGGCGGCGUUCCCAUCAGCUACUACCUGGUCCAGUACAAGGAGCUGGGCUCCAUAGACUGGAGGGAUGUCAAGUCGCACAGCGUGCAGACCACCGUGGUGCUGACCGGACUGGAGCCCAACACGACGUACGAAGUCCGCGUGGCAGCGGUGAACGGGAAGGGUCAGGGAGAGUUCAGCCACACAGAGACCUUCCAGACUUUACCCAUCCGAGAGCCGAGUCCCCCGGCGGUGCACGGGCAGAGAGGGGUGGGGAAGGCCUACAGGCUGGGGCUGGUCAAGCAGGACGACGGCGGGAUGCCCAUCGUGGAAUAUAUCGUCAAGUACAAAACAGACAAAGAGGAACAGUGGAUGACCAAGCUCGUUCCAGGAGCAAACGACUUUGCGAUGCUGCAGCCGCUGCAGUGGAACACGAGAUAUGAAGUGGAAAUCACAGCCCGCAACGUCAAGGGCCUGUCGGAGCCCACCUUCUAUCAGUUCUUCAUGCCACAGAAGCCUGACAUUACAGCAGAAUCCCUGUUCAGCGGCUUGGGGCUCGGCGCGGUGGUGGGCCUCGGCCUGGGAGCGCUCCUGCUCCUCCUCGUGCUGGUGGACGUCAGCUGCUUCUUCCUGCGCCACUGCGGCCUCCUCAUGUGCAUCACGCGCACGCUCUGCAGCAAGAAAACGGCCACCGGCGGCAAGGGCAAAGAGAUGGAGGAGGGCAAGGCGGCCUACCUGUACACCUACAACAGCCGCCCAACCACCCUAUCAACCACAGAAGCUGCCGCUGAAGGAAGAAAAUGGCAAAGAGUCUCUCAAGCCGGAUACGAUUGAAAUCAAAGUGCACAGUGACAACAGCAUCCACAUAAAGCCAGACGACAGCAAGGCGUAAACGGGAAGAGAAAAAAAAAAAAAAAAAGCUAAAAAAUACAAAUAAUAAAAGAUGUAAAGGUAAGGAGAAGGGGUCGGCUCCCCCCUCGCCACCAAAAGAACAUUCGGAUCAUGAGACCAAACCCCUGGAAAAGUGAAAACACUGGAAAAUAGUGGAUUAAAAUACUAUAUCUGUUUAUAUCGAUGCCUGAAUGAAAGGCAUGUGUAAAUAAAAUUAAAGGAGAGGAAACAGGAAAGGAAGAAAGAAUCACCCAGAAAGCAUUAUCUUCCCACACACACGCGGAUUCAGUAGGAGGCUCUUGUUAAUCAAUGAUUGUAUUUUGUUUUACUUUCUGCCUUUUUUUUUUUUUUUGUCUGUCUCGCUUUAUCAGAUCUUUAAACGUGCAAUUCCUCAGAAUGUCCUUUUUUUUUAUUAUUGCGUUUUAUCAAAGCCCAGGUGAGAUUCAGGGUGCUUCUAGCCUCCAUAUUGUUUGUUUUUAACGAGUUGGAGAGUAAAGGGUGCGGACGUAAUGUUUCCAUGCUGUGGAUGUUGUCGUCACUGCAACAACCGCUUUAUGCCUUUAAUAAUAGCCAAGCUGGAUUUCAGGCUAACCAGAUGCAAAUGUAGCCGCAGUUUCAGUUUGUUUCACGGUUGGCGGGAUUUUUUUGGAAAACCUGCAGGAGAAAAAAAUAUAAAAAAAAAAAUCCCAAUAAUGCACAGAAAAGGUAAAAUGAGUGUUUGUCAAGCGCAUGGUACAGUUUCUGAUCUAUACAAACAAAGAAAGCAGAGGAUAUUAUCAGCCAAAGCAUGGAAACAUGAAAGAAAAGUCCCCCCCCCCUCCUCCCCCCUUCAUUCCUGUCCCAGAUCUGCUUUUAUUUUCCCACAAAAAGAAACAAACCUUCUCUGUUUCUGACUCUCUCUGAUGUCGUUAUGUGUUGUACAUAGGUGAAAAAAGCGGAUAUUUUACAGAGCUUUUAUGUAAAUAUAUAUAAAAAAAAAA